UGCAGAGUGAAGGAGGAGACAGAAGGACACUGAAGACAGAGACACACACGCACGACCUGUGGGAAAAACAGGACUGUGUGAGUCCACGUCUCACUUCUCUGUGGUCGGAGGAAUAAAAACCUGAGAGGAAUGAAGAGCGACACAUUUCAGCACUAGCUGCUCUGUGAUUGGCUGUUUGUUGACUCAGUAUCCAGAUGGCCCACCUCUUCCUUGCCAGUAAGAUCACCAUGCCGGACGACCUCCACAGCAAAGGUGGCCCCAGGAACCCCAGGAGUUCCAUGAGGACGCCGACAUCAAUCUCUGCUGAGAAGCUGAACCGGGACAAGUCCAGGAAGGACAGUGUCAUCAUGACGAGGCACGUCCCGCAUGUUAAUGAGGUCCAGCUGACAGCGGCCACCGGCGGAGCUGAGAUGUCCUGCUACCGCUGCACGGUGCCGUUUGGCGUGGUUGUCCUCAUCGCCGGCAUCGUGGUCACGGCGGUGGCGUACACCUUCAACUCUCAUGGGUCCACCAUUUCGGUGCUGGGACUGGUGCUGCUGUCUGCUGGACUGGGACUGCUGGGCUCCAGCGCUGUCUGCUGGAGGGUUCGAAUGAGGAAGAAGAAGGACAAGCGGAGGGAGAGCCAGACUGCCCUCAUGGCUAGCCAGGGAUACUGUGUGGCCUGAAGACAAGAGGACAUUUGGACAUCUGUAAAGUUCAGAUGAUAAACUUCAGGGAGACGGUGAACCUGGACGCACCACACUAACAAUACAAAGUCCAACAGGACAUGAACUGGUAAACUUUGUAAAUUCAGUGCCAUCAGGUUUACAGAAUAUAGAGAGAUGGACCUUGGACUGAGGCGACAACAACUCUGCAGACACCUUAAAUGAUGAGAGACUGUGGGUCCCAGAGUGAGGGACGAGUCUUUGGACAAGUGGCAGCCUGCAGGAAGAUUCAGUCUGAGAACAGAGACCUCCUCCACACUCCGCACAUUAACCAUCUCACAAUUCAGACAUGAUUUCAGCUUUAAAUGCCAAAAGAAUAAAUUUAAUCCUCUUUAAUUUAAAUCACAAUAAAGUCUGUAACACGUGAAGGCGUUUACUCUGUAAACUACACAUCAACAGUCCAAAUGAGACGUCCUGUUCAUGUUCUGCUCUGAAUGGCUGAUGCCUGCACCGUCCUACCUGUGCAACCCCACCUCUUUUAUUCUGAAGGUCAGAACACACCCUGACUGAACCAAACUCAGUUUAUGAAUCUGUUUACGUAGAGUUAAUCAAAAACACAGACAGCAGCUGAUCUGAUAAAGACGAAGUCCUGCAGAGCUCAGUGAUGAUGCACAGCAUCUGGAUCUAAACACUGCUGAUAAGCUAUAAAAGACAUUUAAAGGUACUCUGAUGGUGACGUUUCUCUUUCUGAGACAGAAUCCAGUGGUCAGUGUGUGUCGUCUCUGAUUGGCCCUGUGUGACCUCCGUACAUUACUCUGUCAUUGGGACGUGUUGCAGUAGGUGGGGAGGACAGAUUGGAUCUGAACGUUCUGUGGGAUCAGGAGAAAACACAACCUGCUGCUGGAUAACAGGUGUAAAAGCAGGGCGGUUCUCUGAUAUGCAUGCCACUUUGUAUGUUUAAACCAGUGCACUAUGAUCCGAUGUGAUGAAAAAUAACCAAAUGUCAUGUAUUCCACCAUAUUAAAGACUUCACACGUAGCUGUCAGUGUAACUGUGGAGCUGAGGGUCAGUCUGAACCCGUCUCUCUCUCUCUCUCAGCUCAGUCUUAUUUAUUCUGUAGUAGAAGUGAAAUACGUUUAAUUAAAGUCAAGA